AUGCAAGAACUUGGUUUCCCUCAAGGUUUUAUCAGUUGGAUUUGUAUUUGUCUUACUUCUUUCUACUAUUCUAUUCUCAUUAAUGGUUUCCUUGCCCCUCCCUUUGAAGCUAAAAAAGGUUUGAGACAUGGUGAUCCUAUGUCUCCUUUCCUUUUUUCUAUUGGCAUGGAAUAUCUCUCUAGAUGUCUCUAUGAGCUUAGGUUAACUCCUGAUUUCAAUUUCACUCCUAGAUGUGAUAAGUUAAGCCUAACUCAUAUGAUGUUUGUUGAUGAUCUGUUGAUGUUCUCUAGAGUUGAUAGUGUCUCUGUCAAGCUUCUUUUCCAAGCUUUUUCCAAAUUUUUUGAAGCUUCUGCUCUUUCUACUAACCUUGAUAAAAGUGAAGUCUACUUUGGUGGAGUUCCUAUUGAAGUCCAUACAGAGCUUAGAGAGCUUCUUGGUGUUUCUCAAGGUUCUACUCCUUUUAGUUAUCUUGGAGUCCCCUUCUCUUCUAAGAAGCUUACAAUUGCUCAAUGUAGGCCUUUGGUGGAGAAAGUGACAGCUAGGAUUCAAGGGUGGAUGGCUAAACACCUGUCUUAUGCUGGGAGUGUGUUGUUUGGUAUUCAAACAUACUGGGCUCAAAUCUUCAUUUUACCAAAGAAAAUCCUAAAAGAGAUUGAAGCUAGAUUCAUAUGCUUGCUUUGGACAGGCUCCUCUGCUCUUGCUAGGAAAUCUUUGGUUGCUUGGAACUAUUGGAAAAAAGGAGCUGUCACUAAGUUGCUUUGGGAUGUUGCUCACAAGGCUGACAAUCUCUGGGUUAAAUGGGUUCACAUAUACUAUUUCAAGCAUAAAGAUUGUUGGACUGCUCCUAUCCCUGAUAAAUUCUCUUGGUUCUUGAAGAAAUUUUUAAGUUUUAGAGAUAUUGUGAAUGAUCACGGGGAUGGGAUAGCUUAA